ACGAGCUUCAUGGCAUCAUGACGUCUACUAGUCUACUAACUUUCGUCCUCAAGGUGCUCCGGAGACAUCUCGGAGACAUUCAUCUGCAACCCCAGCAGUCAGCAGACACGACGAAGGGAAUGAAAAAGUAAUAUAAGAAGUACUCGUCAAACUCACUCACUCCACCUCAUCCAUCAUUCUCUUCCACACUCCACCCCCCUUCUCGAGUCCUACUGUACUUCCACGAUCCCUACCCUCCAAGCCACCAUCACCGACUCUCCCCCCCCCGAAAAAUGGCCACUUCCCACCCCAAACUUGAAUACACAUCCUACCAAACCCCCGAGUUUCUAGCCAACUACUACAUCGCCGAGAAGCUCACCGGGCCCUUCGCCACAACCGUGAUCGAACACUCCCGCAUCGCGGAGCGAGCACGAUCCGGGCACCCCCGCGCGAUCCUCGAUACCGCCUGCGGCCUGGGGAUCGUCUCCAGCACGCUAAAUCGCACCCUCGACGACGAGAGCAAGCGUCGCUGGAGCUUGACAUGUGGCGAUCUGAGCGAGACGAUGAUCGAGGCCACCCGGCAGCGCAUUGAGCGCGAGAAAUGGCCGAAUGCGGACGCGAAGGUGGUGAAUGCGCAGAGCACCGGCUUUCCGGACGAGAUAUUUACCGAUAUAUUCGCAGCUUUCGCCUUCACCCUAUUUCCGGAUCCAGAGGCUGCGAUGAAUGAAUGCUAUAGGAUCCUGAAGCCCGGGGGAACGCUGGCGGCGACGACCUGGAAAUACGCGACCUGGAUGUCUCUCCUCCGAACCGCUGUCACUGGAAUGUCGGAGGGUCUGAGCUUCCCAACCAUAGAGGAGUUCCUAGCUAUGCAUAACGUUGGCUGGGAUUCGGAAUCGUUCGUAGGGUCACAAUUUGAGAAGUCAGGAUUCAAAGAGGUUCGAGUGACCUCUGUGACGGAACAGGUUGAGGUUCCAAUCUCUGAAUUUCUGCAGCUCUCACGGAGUAUGCUGAAUUUGGUGAUAGAAAAGUGGUGGACUCGGGAACAGCGAGAGCGGUAUCAGGCGGAAGCACCAUUGGCGGUGCAGAGGUAUCUGGAAGAGAAAUUCGGGGUAGAUGGACUAGUAGAUAUGGGGCUGUCGGCUAUUGUUGCGGUGGGAAGUAAGUGAGUAGGAUUGAGGGGAGUUCACCUAUGAUUCUCCAGUCUACAAUAUGAAAUGUGCAUAUUAUAGUCAACAAAAACCAAACU